UGUAGCAGUGACGCAAGCUGCUACGGUGGUGAAAGUGAUCACUCGCUCAGUCACUUCGCGACUCUUGCUCCGCCAACAUGUCCAAGUGACCGGUCUGUGAAACCAUUUCAGUGUUUUGUGAUUAACUCUCCCAGUGUGAUGGUGUCAAGAUGCAUACUUCACGGCGUCUUGUCGUUGUGUGUGUUGGCCAGCCUGGCCUGCGUGGCCUAUGGCCUGGAGAACGGCCUGGCCAGGACGCCACCCAUGGGCUGGCUGGCCUGGGAGCGCUUCCGCUGUAACACUGACUGCAAAAACGACCCGGACAACUGUAUCAGUGAUCGGUUGUUCCGUACCAUGGCAGACCUGGUGGUGUCUGAAGGCUAUGCUGCUGCAGGUUACCAAUACAUCAACGUGGAUGACUGCUGGUUGGACAAACAGCGCUCAUACUCCGGUCAUCUGCAGCCUGAUCCCGAGAGAUUCCCUUUUGGCAUGAAGGAUCUCGCUGCUUACGUUCACUCCAAAGGUCUCAAGUUUGGCAUCUAUGAGGACUAUGGUAACUUCACUUGUGCUGGUUACCCUGGUGUGCUGGGUUCUCUAGAGCAAGAUGCCUACACCUUCGCAGACUGGGACGUCGACUAUGUCAAGCUGGAUGGCUGCUACUCUCAUCCCAAGGAUAUGGACAGGGGAUACCCAGAGUUUGGUUGGCAUCUCAAUAGGACUGGACGUCAAAUGGUUUACUCUUGCAGUUGGCCUGUGUACCAGAUAUAUGCUGGCAUGCAGCCAAACUUCAGCUCGAUCAUCUCGAACUGUAACCUGUGGCGCAACUUUGACGACAUCCAAGACUCUUGGGCAAGUCUGGAGAGUAUCAUUGACUACUACGGCAACAACCAAGACAACAUUGUCCCCAACGCAGGCCCUGGCCACUGGAACGACCCUGAUAUGUUGAUCAUUGGCAACUUCGGGCUGUCGUAUGAGCAGAGCAAGACACAAAUGGCACUGUGGGCAAUCAUGGCAGCUCCACUGCUCAUGUCUGUGGACCUGCGUACAAUCAGACCAGAGUACAAGGCCAUCCUGCAGAACAAGAAGAUCAUUGCUGUGGACCAAGACCCCAUGGGCAUCCAGGGCCGCCGCAUAUACAAGCAUAAAGGAAUAGAGAUCUGGGCUCGACCAAUAACACCUGUCUACCAGAACUACUUCUCGUACGCAGUUGCGUUCCUGAACCGGCGCACUGAUGGUACCCCCUCGGACGUAGCUGUCACACUAGCUGAGAUGGGACUGGUGGCACCUGGAGGUUACAGAAUAGAGGAUUUGUAUGAGGAUGUUGACUAUGGAAUACUAAGCCCUCAAACAAAGAUUAAAGUGAAAGUCAAUCCUUCUGGUGUAGUGAUACUACGAGCUGAUGUCCAGCCAAUCUACAGACAAACAACUCCUUAUGAUCCUUUCAGGAAUGUGUUUGCUGUUCCUACCAGAGUACCUAAUUCGUUCAAGUGACAGGGGACACAUUAGUCAUACCAAGUUUGGAUCUUCACCCUGCAGAACACUGACAAAGAUCAACCCUGGCUGUGAACUAUCUGCUUGAGGUCUAGCAGUUUAAGAUCAAGUCCUACGUUGAAGGAUUGCUACUGUUUAAGUGGAACAGUUACGGAAGUGAUUAGACAAUUUCACCAUCCACUCUCUUUUGUGUUGACAUAAAACUGUAUUCAUAAAAAUAGAUUUUGACAAAGAACUUUCAACAUUAAAAUUAACAUAUUUAUAUAUCGAGAUACUGUUUUAAGUGUUGAUCUCUCUGUCUUCAUAGGAAUACAAAAUCAAUAUUUUUUAUACAUACCUGUGUUAUGUUUUAUAGUGAAGUAGUUUAAGCUAUUUAGAAGUAAACGGCCAUGGCCAAAAUAUUGUUAAUUUUGUUACUGUAAAGUUUUAAAUGAUUUAAAAUGUAUUGGCCAUAUAUUUGUUUCAUACCAGUUAAUAGCCCUUAAAUUUUAAAUAUCUAAAUAUUGUCAGCGCUUUCAAAGCAAUUCUGUGAUACAAUCCAUUUCAUUUUGCUUUUUUCCACCAAUUAAUAUUUUUACUCCAGCGCCAUAUUUUUCAGUUAAGUUGUUUGUUUUUAAUUUUGUGUCAGUAUUAUUAUCUGUACCACAUUAAGCUGUAGGAACUAAGAACAAUAUUUUUAAUCAUUUCUUAGCACUAUUUUAUUUGUAAAUUUAAUUUUUAAAUUUGGAUUAUUAUGAAAUGACAAAGUAUUAUACUAAAGAAAAAUGUUGCAAUAUUUACCAUCUUGCAACAAACUAUACCAAUUUUUUAAAUAUUUUUUUUUUAAAUAAAAUACAUAAGAUGUCUUACUAGCUAAAUGUGUUUUUUUCAGUUCUAGACUAUUUGUAAAUAUUUAUAGUAAAAUAAGUACAAAACCGAAA